CGGGUAUCCUUUUUCCAUUUUUUUCCCCUACUUAAUCUUGUGUGUGUUUUCAAAUUUUUUAAAAAUAGAGAUCUGUGGCAGUGCUGGGGAUCAGAUUAGUGAAUAAUUAAAUUGCCAGAGUGUAUACUCCAUGUUGCAAAUGAAGGGUCCCCCAAAGAUGAAAACUUUGACUAAGAGGAACUGCUGUUUUGCAAGCGUUACCUGAAAACCUGUAACCAAGGCCAGCUGGAACUAAAAAUCAACCACCAUCAAGCGUAUGAAACCGAUCUGAGGUCACUGUACUUAUAAUCGUGUACACAUAGCUUUGUGAAGAGCAAAGAACAAAAGCAAGUAAACAAAAAAGCCAAAGAUGGCGUCUGACGGCCUUGAAAAAGCCUCGCACUCUUGUCCCUCCCUGAGAAGGCCCCUCCCCUCCCUGUCUCGUUGAGUGACCGGUAAUGUUUGCCAAUAGCAACCCUGCUUAUGCUCACACACACGCCCAUCGCCCAACCACCAAUCAUUGAGAGCCAGAAGGCAAGCGGGGCGGUGCUUUUCUGCGUGCGCGCGCUGUGGCUGAGUACACGAGCCGGAGCAACUGACUCAGCCACCACCCGGGUCUUGUUGAGUCAGCGGGCGUGGGGCUUCGAGGCACCUGUGGUGGAACACCCGUGGGGCUGCUAGAGUGGGACCCCGCGGCGAGCGUCCGCCCCUGCCCAGGACCUCAGCUUUCCUAGCCACAUAAUUACCCACGUUGACCCAGCAAGAUCCCCUACCGCGCCUCGACCUCUGGGCUCUCCACCGCCCGCCGGGGACUGUCCCCUGGUCCGGCGCACAGUGGCGGGGCUCCCGGUCCCUGCGCCUGACGACUGCUCGGCGUCGCUGCGCUCUCUGCCUGUAGCCAAAUCACACUGCCUGUCGGGAAUGGUUCUGUUGUCCCUGGCGCCCACCUUGUCAUCUUUGACUAAUAUUUAAUCGACUAACAUUUACCGAGGACUUGCUGGGCGCGUGAUAGGGUUCUAGGAGCUAACUUUCCAUUUUUCAGUUUCUCCAGAAAAGCAUUUCAGGUUUAGCUAUGCCUUCCAGUGACUCUAAUGACAGGAAAGCUGUAAAUGGAUUUGAGUUAAGUUCUUGCAAGAAAUUCUGGCAGGGCCUUCUGAGUGCCCUCUGUUUCUUAGGAUGCAGUGGUGGGGGACUCCGUGCGUGGGUUCAGGAAGGAUGCCUUCCACCCUCUGAAGCUGCCCUCCUCAGAAGUCCCCUGCUAGUAGGGAACGAGUGUGACACCCAGUGUGCUGUGCUAGGGGAGCACAGGAUCUGCCAGUAGAAGGGGGCAUCUCUCCCCACAGCCAUGGGCUGUGUGCCCCUUCACGGCUGGCCCAGUCCUCCCUCACAUAACCUAUGGCCCGGAGCUGCAGCUCCUCUGACCAUCCGCCAUGGGAAAGCAAAGUGAAUCUGAAGAGGCCAGUGCUUCAGCCUCUGGAAGUCCACUGACCUGAGGCCCUUUUGGAGCCGUCCAGGGUGUGAGCAUAGUUGUCAUUGAGCUCAUCAGCCAUGUCCUUCAGUGCCACCAUUCUCUUCUCCCCUCCCAGUGGCAGUGAGGCCAGAUGCUGCUGCUGUGCCUGUAAAAGUGAGCCGAGCGGGGCCAGCGCAGGCUCUCAGGGCAGGAACCCUCCUCCUGGCACCCCCAUCACAGUGACUGGACAUGGCCUGGCUGUUCAGAGUUCUGAGCAGCUCCUACAUAUUAUCUACCAGCGCGUGGAUAAGGCAGUGGGGCUGGCUGAGGCUGCUCUGGGUCUUGCCCGGGCCAACAAUGAGCUGUUAAAGCGGCUCCAGGAGGAAGUGGGUGAACUAAGGCAAGGGAAAGUGUGUAACCCUGAUGAAGAUGGGGAGAGCCGGGCCCACAGUCCCCCAGCUGAGGAGCCUGGGCCCCUCAAGGAGAGUCCCGGAGAAGCCUGCAAGACUCUGUCUGCUGUGGAGGAGGAGUGUGACAGCGUGGGCAGCAGCGUGCAGGUGGUGAUCGAGGAGCUGCUGGGGGCAGCCUCAGCCGUGGGGCCUGGGCCUCUGGGCUUCCCGACCCCUCAGAGAGACCUGAGGCUCCCAGGAUGCACCCUGGCCCCCAGCGAGGGUCCCCCGCUGCUGCAUCCUCUGGUGGAUGAUUAUGUGGCCUGUGAGGGUGCAGUACAGCGAGUGCUUGUUCCUGCUUAUGCCAAACAGCUUUCUCCAGCCACACAACUGGCUAUCCAGCGGGCGUCCUCAGAGACAGGACCAGAGAAUGGAGCCAAGCUGCCACCACCUCGUCCUGAGGACAUGCUCAGUGCUGCUGCUGCGUUGGACAGUGCCUUGGAAGAGUCUGGCCCUGGGAGCACCGGGGACCUGAGACACUCCCUUGGGCUCACUGCUUCCCCGUGCAGGACUCGAGUGAGCGGGCAGAAGAACUCCAGGCGCAAGCGGGAUCUGGUUCUCUCUAAAUUGGUCCACAAUGUGCAUAACCACAUCACCAAUGAGAAGAGAUUCAAUGGGUCUGAAAGCAUCAAGUCCUCUUGGAAUAUUUCAGUUGUGAAGUUCCUUCUGGAAAAGCUCAAGCAGGAGCUGGUGACCAGUCCCCACAAUUACACUGACAAGGAGCUGAAAGGAGCCUGUGUGGCUUACUUCCUCACCAAGAGGCGUGAAUACCGAAACUCUCUGAACCCCUUUAAAGGUCUGAAAGAAAAAGAAGAAAAGAAACUUCGAAGUCGCAGGUACCGGCUUUUUGCCAACCGAUCCAGUAUCAUGAGGCAUUUUGGACCUGAGGAUCAAUGCCUAUGGAAAGAUGUGACCGAAGAGCUGAUGUCAGAUGAAGAGGACAGUCUGAAUGAGCCGGGGGUCUGGGUAGCCCGGCCUCCCCGUUUCCGGGCACAGCGCCUCACAGAGCUCUGCUACCACCUGGAUGCUAACUCAAAACAUGGCACCAAAGCCAACCGUGUGUAUGGGCCUCCCUCAGACAGACUGCCUUCUGCUGAGGUCCAGCUCCUUCCACCAGAACUUUACAAUCCUAAUUUCCAAGAAGAAGAGGAAGAAGAAGAAGAAGACGAAGAAGAAGAAGAAGAAGAGGGAGGCAACGAGAAUGGAUCUGUCUCCCCAUCUUUUGACCAGUCCCACAAAACCUGCUGUCCUGACUUGAACUCAUUCAUUGAAAUCAAGGUGGAAAAGGAUGAGUGAAGUCUGUCAGCAAGAAUAACUGGUUUCUGCCACUUCUGUGUCCCAGAAAUGGGCAGCCAGCCACAGGGCUUCUCAAAAUAAGAUGCCCUCUGCAGUCUGAGAAAGCAGAUUUGCCUCUGUUCUUAACACAGUCUCUGGUGGGCUAAAAGAACUUCUUUGGAAGGAGGGAAACUCCCCACUGGAAAUGGCAAGCCAGAAAAUGCUUAUUCCGAAGUAUAAACGGUGCCUCGGAGGAGCCUGGGAUGAGAAAAGGAAGAUGGGACUAAGAAGCGUGAGGCCUUCCUGGCACAUGCCCGGGUCUCUGAGUUGGACCCCUGUUCUCCCACCCCUUUCACCCAAAGCUCUGGGGAAGCAGCCUUGGUUGCAGCUUUUGCUUCACUGGACUUGCGGGUCUUGGGCUGCAGUGGAAGAACAGGACUAGCCCUGCAUCAUACUGCCACCUGGUGGGCAGUUUCAUCCACGGACGUGACUCCGGGAUCUAGAUAUAAUAGCUGUUGUUUAUUGAAUGGUAUAAGGGAGAUUUUAUUAUUCUCAUCUUACAGAUGAGGAAAUUAAAGAAUAAAGCAUUCCCAUGUUUCACUGGCA